GGAGCCUUGCUGUAGUUGUCUUCCUUUCAACCUCAUUUCUCAAAGGAAUUGCCAGUCCUCUCUUAUCCUUAUUAUUAUCUCUUUCUACCUCUCUCUCUCUCUCUCUAGGACUUGCACCACGUAGAGUACUGAGUUUCUCUCGAGUUUUUGUAUCUAUAUAUCUCUCGUUUUCUGACUACUACACGCCUCCUUCAGCCAAAUAGCAUUGCGUCGUUGGCUCAUCAGCAGUUUCAUUGGAGUAGAAGUUGCGGAAUUGCACGGGGAAGAAUGUGUGGAAGUUUGAAUAUCUAUUUAUAAAUGUGUAUAUAAGGGAAGGAUGUCGUGCCUGCUACCGCAAUUCAAGUGCUCGCCGGACACUUUUGCAGUCAACUACUUCAAGUCCCAGAGCUAUUCUUCUAUCCACUCGUCAAAGAGUAGAGAGGCCAUCAAUUUCCGGACACAAUGUAUCUUAUCGGUCACAUCGGUACCAACAGCCACAACAUCAUCAGUGCUUGAGUUGGAGAAGCUACAGCUAUCAUCAUUAGAAGCUUUUCCUAGUUCAGCCGCUGCUGAUAGAUCAUGGAGAGCAUCGAUAUCAACAUCUGCAAUGCUUGAAUUGGAGAAAGUAGUGUCUUUAGACACUCGUCCAAUUCCCUUUGUUGCGGAGAGACCAUUGGCAUACGUUGGAGCAGUUGGCCCCCCAUCUGAGAUACGGCUUGAAGCAAAUUUGGAUGAGGCGACUAUUCUUACAAGGGAAGAAACUGUCAUCACUGCUGCAUCUGAAGCACUUGCUCUAGCUAAGGAGGCAGUCAAGUUAGCAAAAGAUGCAGCAAUGAUGAUCAGCCAUCAUAAAUCCACCAAGUCAAGUAGCACUACCACUGGAAUCUCCCGUGAAGGUAAUUUAAUGUUUGAAAAGAGUCACCUUACCUAUCCUGCAGAAAAAGUUUUCACUGAAGCUAAAGUUGGCGAAAUUGGGCUAGGGGGAAAUUUUCCUGUUUCGGAUCCCCUUGCAGAACCUGAUGAUGAUGUGGAACCUAGUGCUGAGGAACUAGAGUUUCUCGAGUCACAACUAUCUAAUAUUAUAACUGUUAGAUCAAAGCGUCAGACAGAACGAAAAGCCAGGAGAAGUAGGGCAGCAGAAAAGGCUGCAGCCAAUAUUGUGUCUGUGAAAUCUGGUUCUUCAAGCCGGAAAAAGCGCUCUUCUGUGCAGGAAGUAGAUUACUCUGAUCCCUUACGUUACUUAAGGGGGACUACAAGUUCUUCUAGGCUACUUACUGCUUCUGAAGAAAAGAUGUUGUCAGAAGGGAUCCAGGCUUUAUUGAAGCUGGAAAAACUACAGGAUGAGCUUACUCUACGUUUUGGCAGCCCACCUACUUUUGCCCAAUGGGCGGCAGCUGCUGGUCUUGAUCACCAAACCUUGCGGCAACAACUGAAUUACGGUGUUCUAUGCAAAGAUAAAAUGAUUAAGAGCAACAUACGGCUCGUUAUUUCUAUAGCAAAAAAUUACCUGGGAGCUGGGAUGAAUCUUCAAGAUCUGGUUCAGGAAGGGUGUCGUGGACUUGUGAGAGGUUCAGAGAAAUUUGAUGCGUCAAAGGGUUUCAAGUUCUCCACCUAUGCUCAUUGGUGGAUAAAGCAAGCAGUGCGGAAAUCACUUUCUGACCAGUCCAGGACAAUUAGACUACCGUUUCACAUGGUUGAAGCUACUUAUAGAGUAAAGGAGGCAAGAAAGCAACUCUACAGUGAAAAUGGUAGAGUUCCUGAUGACGCAGAAGUUGCUGAGGCGACAGGGCUCUCCAUGAAGCGACUUUCUGCAGUCAUGUUGACCCCCAAAGCUCCAAGAUCCCUUGACCAGAAAAUCGGAAUCAAUCAAGACCUCAAACCCUCAGAUGUGAUUUCAGACCCUGAGGCAGAAACAUCCGAGGAGUUGCUGAUCAAGCAGUUUAUGAGACAGGACUUGGCGAAGGUUCUCGACAGCCUGAAUCCGAGAGAAAAGCAAGUUGUGUCGUGGAGGUUUGGGCUCGAGGAUGGUAGAAUGAAGACAUUGCAAGAAAUCGGGGAGCUUAUGGGUGUGAGCAGGGAAAGGAUCAGGCAGAUUGAGUCUUGCGCCUUACGUAAGCUGAAGAACAAGAAGAGAACGAAGCACCUGCAACAGUAUGUAAUGGCAUAGCAAACCCUCCUUGGUAUCUUUGAAUUAGUCUGCUAGAAUUCUUGAGGCUUAUUGUCUGGUUCAUGUUAGAGAAUACCACUAUCAUGUUUUCUUUAGCAGAAUCAUGUUAAAGAAUAGUUUUUAUCAUUUGUGAAUACAACAUUUUUGUAUAACAUAAAUUUUGUUUUUGUUUAUGAAAAAUAUACUAGUAUGUUGGAUUCUUCA